AUGCUGCAGCAGAUCCUGCACGACAUGUACAUCGACCCCGAGCUCCUCGCCGAGCUCAGCGAUGUGCAGAAGCACAUCCUCUUCUACAAAAUGCGGGAGGAGCAGCUGAGGCGCUGGAGGGAACGCGAGGCUUGGGAGGCCCUGGCCCAGGCCGAGGGCCUCAGGCCCCCGACGGUCAAGCGAGGUGCCGGUCACGCCCAGGGCCUGGUGCAUCUGCGGGUAAAGGCGCAGCUGAGUGGUCAGGCUGUGGUGACCUGGUACCCGACUCAAGACCCUGCUGAGAGCGACAAGCACAUCCAGUGGCUCCUGGGGGCGGACGGCGAGGUCUGGGUCUGGAUCAUGGGCGACGGCCCCGGUGACAAGCCCUACGAGGAGAUCUCUGAGGAGCUGAUGGCUCAGCGGGCGCGGCUGCAGGCGCAGAGGGAGGCCGAGGAGCUCUGGAGACAGAAGGAGGCGGAGAUCACCAAGAAGUUCCGGGAUGCUCUGGCCAAUGAGAAAGCCCGGAUCCUGGCGGAGAAGUGGAAGGUGGAGAUGGAAGACCGCAAGGCAGCUAAGGUUCUGGAGGAGGAGCGCAUUCACGAAGAGUUCAAGAGGAAAGAGGAAGAGGAGAGGAAGCGAGGAGAAGAGCAGAUUCGCCUCCAGGAGGAGCAGAGGGCAAAGGAGCUCUACUGGAGCCUGAAGCGGGCGCAGCUGCAGAGCCCGGCCAGCGAGAGUGAGGAGCGCGCGUGGAAGGAGCAGCUGCGUCGGUCCAAGGCGGCGGACGAGGAGCGGAGCCGCCGUGCCCAGCGCGCCCGGGACGAAUACCGGCGCCACUCGCUGCGCGCCAUCCAGAAGGGCACGGUCGCCGGCCUCAGCUCCAUGUUCCGAGAGCUCGGCCAGAGCCACGAGCAGGAGACCAGACUCUGCCACCACCUGCCAGGGCCUGGUCCGCCGGGACCCCUCGCCGUGCCUGCCAGCAGGGCCUGGGAGCGCCCCCUGCGUCCUGUGUCCAGAGCGGCCAUCGUCCGCUGGUUUAAGGAGGAGCAGCUGCCUCGCCGAGCCGGCUUCGAGAGGAGCACCAAAGCCAUUGCCCCCUGGUUCCACGGAAUUAUUAGCCGAGAAGAUGCAGAGCAUCUCCUGGAGAACAUGACUGAGGGAGCGUUUCUGGUUCGGGUCAGUGAGAAAAUCUGGGGUUACACCCUCUCCUACCGCCUGCAGAAUGGGUUCAAGCACUUUCUCGUGGACGCCUCUGGGGACUUUUACAGCUUCCUGGGGGUAGACCCCAGUCGCCACGCCACACUCACCGAUCUUGUUGAUUUCCACAAGGAGGAAAUUAUCACUGUUUCAGGGGGAGAGUUGCUGCAGGAGCCUUGUGGACAGAGGGACAGCCCACCAGACUACCACCUGUUGUUUGAAUGAUUUUUUCCUUCCCUAUCAAUUGGAUUCCUUUGGGCAUCCUAUUUUGAACUCCACUUAAGAACUUCCCAGCUCGAAUCCUUAUGGCCUUUUGAAAGCUCCACCACCAUCCAGAGGAACAAGUAGAUUUAUAUAUUUCAAGGGCUAUGAAAUAUAUGGCAUAGGUGCUUGUGGUCCCCAACCCCAUGCCUAGGACAGAAAUUGCUAAUAGCUGAUGCAACUCUUUCAUGAAGAGUUUAGAUAUGACCUCAGAAGAUGAAGUCUCUUUGUCAUGACUGCCCUAAACUGAGCUCGCAGAGGACAUGGGUCAUGUUUUAAUAAUCCAAGUAAUUCCAG